UACCCUUAUGCCACCAUCUAGUAGCUACUAUCAUGCUUUUUCACUCGCUCUCUAACGAUUGGGUAAAUGUUCAGUCAACAUCUGAAUGUGUAGCAACACAAAAAUCCUGGAGCUGUUGUUUCCCUGGGGACUGAAGAUGAUGAUGCGCAGUGUUCCAGUAUUGCCUGAAAAUCACUUCUAUGUUGCUCGGUAAUCUCCCUAAAUGUAUUCUGGCUGUGGAGGGGAAAAAACUAUGAUGACACAAUUUAUAGAAAACCCAACCCACAUCGCAGGUCGGUCAUUGACCUAUUGUUAUCCUAUCCAAGAUCUGUUGGCAAGACAACCAGGCUAUUGUUAUAGUAUUGGCUUAGAAUAGGUGUUGACUGUUGUUCAAGCUACCAGUCACAUAGGUAUUGUCCUAAUAGAUGUGUCAAAACUCUGUGAGCAAUCUGAAAACCUUUGAGUUUUGGCUAUUCUGGUUCUGGUAAUCUGUCAUCUCCACACUACAUUAUCUGUUAUGGAUGGUGUUGACAUUGAUUGACUCAUAAUUGUUAAGAUAUGGCUGAAUAUAUAGGAUUAAUAUCACAAAGAUAUACAUAAAUAUGGGCAAUCCAGUAUGCAGAGGAUAGACGUUGCGAGUAUUAUUUCCGUAGGCCCAUGCAUGUAGAAUGUGACUCCCAAUGAGACAAUGUCAACAAUGAGACUGAUCUCUCUCUUUCUCCACUCUACCAAAACAACACCGCCCUGACUCACUCCUUGACUGUCUCCCGGCGGAAACGAUAAAAGCCUUCUUCCACAUUGACAGACUGUGCGGCUAGCAACUGUCUGCCACUAAAGCACGGCACCACACUGUUAAAACCCCAUCCAUUAGUGAAAGCCUUGGAUAUUUCAUUAUGUGAGAGGGUGUGGGCCUGACCCGGUCCCAUAGGAACAUAUGAGUUCUCCCAUCCCCCAACGUGUCUCUGUACUAUUCUGCUCUCACAGCCACAGGCUUGAAUUGCCAUUGACUCGACUGGUGUCAGAUUGCCCUCCUGCUGCUGUUUCCCGACGCUGACACCAAGGCCCUUUAUUUUCCUAUUGCAACUCCAAGGUUUCAAGACCUUGACUAGAUCUAUAAUGGACACGUAUUGACCAGGGAGAAUACCGCUGUAGGAAUAUUGCAAAAUUGAAUUCAAGAAGCCUGAAGAAUGAGGACUAAUUGAGCUCUGAGUGGGGGUCCAGAGGCCGAUGAUGAUGGUUUCUAACGGAGACUUGAAGCUGGGGACAGGAAGGCAUGAUUAUGGUUAUGCUUUGAGCAGAUAAGAAAGAACUCAGAAAGGAUGGCGUCACGGGAAGGGGGGGAGCCUCCUCCUAACGGAAGCCAAUCAGACAGCCGGUUGAAGAGCAAGAAGCCGCCCAGUCUGGUCAUAGCCAUCCCUGCCCCAGAGGAAGAAGAGAGGGUCGAAGAGGGAGCUGAAACGGUCAAGCAGCCCCUGCGUUCAUCCCUGAAGAAGAGUGAGAGCCUGCAGCAGGCCAGUCCUCGGUCUGACAGUGGUACUGUUGGUGGUGGUGGAGGAGGUCACAGUGUUGGGGACAGGAGGGCAGCCUUCCACAGACAGAACUCCCUGUCUCAGAGCAUACGCAAGGGUACAGCCCAAGCCACAGCCCAGGCAGCAGGUUGGUUCGGGGUGGGGGAGGACUGUGAGACCAAGCAGCAGCUAUGGCAGAAGAAGAGCCUACGCCACUGCAGCCAGCGCUACGGCAAGCUCAAGGCCCAGUACAGAGAGCCGGAGCUCCCCAUCAGCAUGGACCAGGGCCUGGACUCACCCGCCGCAAACAAGAUGCCCAAGAUUGUGGACCCCCUAGCUCGGGGGCGUGCGUUCCGUUACCCGGAUGAGACGGACCGACCUCCCCGUACCCCCUACACGGGACCAGUCACCCCGGGGUUUACCUCCCUCUCCUCCUUCACCUCCCAGCGCUCCGGGGGCUACGCCCGUUUGCCCCAACGCAAGAGGGAGUCUGUCGCCCGCAUGAGUAUACGAGCAGCAUCCAACCUCCUCAGGGGUCGUUCAGGUCUAGUGGGCUCCCAGACCGGUCGUAGUUUCCCCCGGCGGAGCUUCGCCCGGCCCAGCUGGCUUGAGGAGGACACCGUGGACUCUGCAGACACUCACGGGUCCGUCUUCUUCAGCAAGAUGGAUGCCCAUGAGGAGUUGUACUCCAUGGCUGAUGAUGUGUUCGAGUCGCCCCCUAUGUCGGCUUCCUACGGAGACCACCAUGAGCCCUACCAGAGCCUUAGGGACGUGUCUAAAACCCCCACCAUGCAUAUUGAGAAGGCCGGGUCGCAGCAGCGGGGGCGUCGUAUCGCCUCCCAGGUCAAGCACUUUGCCUUUGACAAGCCCAAGCGGCAGUACGGCAUGGGUGUGGUGGGCAAGUGGCUCAACCGUCACUACCGCCGCAGCAUCAGCAGCCAGGUGCAGAAACAGCUGGACGACUUCAGCAGCCACAGACCGUACUUCACCUACUGGAUCACCUUUGUCCACGUGGUCAUCACCAUCCUGGCCUGUGCUACCUAUGGCUUUGCCCCUGUGGGGUUUGCCCAACACUCCACCUCUGAACUGGUGUUGAAGAACAAAGGCAUCUAUGAGAGUGUCAAGUUCAUCCAGCAGGAGAACUUCUGGAUCGGCCCCGGCUCUGAGGACCUAAUCCACCUUGGAGCCAAGUUCUCCCCGUGUAUCCGCAAGGACAGCCAGAUAGUCAGUCUCAUCCAGAAAGCCAAGGAUCAGGAGAGAGAGUCAGGCUGCUGUGUACAGAACGACAACUCAGGCUGUGUCCAGACCCUCAGCAACGACUGCUCGGAGUCAUUGGCCACCUUCAUGAAAUGGAGGGAUGAAGAUGUGGACAUUCUGAGGUCGUCAGGCUCUGUGUGUCACCAGGACCCCAGGACCUGUGAAGAGCCCGCCUCCGCAGAGCCUCACAUCUGGCCCGAUGACAUCACACAUUGGCCGAUCUGCACCUCCCCCCGCAAGACGAACCUGACAGGCUACAGACACAUGGACUGUAACCUCAAGGGACGACCCUGCUGCAUAGGCACUAAGGGCCGGUGUGAGAUCACUACGAGAGAGUACUGCUCCUUCAUGCACGGUUACUUCCACGAGGAGGCCACCCUCUGCUCCCAGAUCCACUGUCUGGAUGAUGUGUGUGGCCUCCUGCCCUUCCUCAACCCUGACGUCCCCGACCAGGUCUACAGGCUGUGGCUCUCCUUGUUCCUACACGCAGGCCUAGUCCACUGCCUGGUGUCCAUAGUGUUCCAGAUGACUAUCCUGAGAGACCUGGAGAAACUGGCUGGCUGGGUCCGCAUCUCCAUCAUCUACGUCCUCUCUGGCAUCACCGGCAACCUGGCCAGCGCCCUCUUCCUCCCCUACAGAGCCGAGGUUGGCCCAGCUGGCUCCCAGUUCGGGCUGCUUGCCUGCCUGUUUGUGGAGCUCAUCCAGGGCUGGCAGAUGCUGGAGAAGCCGUGGAAGGCCUUCCUCAAGCUGGUGGGCAUCGUCUUCUUCCUGUUCCUGUGUGGCUUGCUGCCCUGGAUCGACAACAUCGCCCACAUCUUCGGCUUCCUCAGCGGCCUGUUGCUCUCCUUCUCCUUCCUGCCCUACGUGACGUUCGGCGACUUCGACAAGUACCGAAAGCGUGUCCUCAUCCUGCUAUCGCUGCUGGUCUACUUGGGCCUGCUCUCCUCGCUGGUCGUCUGGUUCUAUAUCUACCCCAUCAACUGGCACUGGCUGGAGCACCUCACCUGCCUGCCCUUCACCAGCAAGUUCUGUGAGAAGUACGACAUCGACCAUGUGGUGCACUAGGCUAAAGCACUCACUAAAGCGCUAACAGCUAAUGCUAGCUGGCUUUAGAACCUGGACAUUCACUAAAGCGCUAACGGCUAAUGCGAGCUGGCUUUAGAACCUGGACAGGAAGCGCAGUGGAAAAUACUUUUAAGGGAAACGGAACUUAAAGGGAGAGCGCACCUGGUUCAUAUGCCCGUAAGCACCUAGGGUAUCUACGCACAUUGCCUUCAAGACUGUACAGCUAUGCUAGUUCCUCUGGAGAGAACAACUCGGUCUGAGCGUGGUGUUAAAGUGGACUUGGAAGACGACAGAGGAUAUCCUACCCUGUCAGUUCAUAAACUGUCACGUUAAUACUACAGAGACCUCUUAUUUGUUCAUUUUUGUACUCAUUUUCUACAACACUGGAUGUAUCUUAACACUACGUGAUAUAGCAUUUCAUUAUGUUCAGAUACUUUGAAUUAGCUGUUCAUGGGAGCAUUUCACUAUGGUAUUGAAUACAAGUCAUACAGUUUGUCACUGGCUGGAGCAUUGUUUAAACUUGAACCUAGUUUUGUGUGCUUUUCAUGAAUUUUCCUUGGCACUUUUUUUGGGGGGGACCAGUUAAGUGUUAAGAAUUCCAUCCAAUAGCAGUUGCCUUUCACAAUGAAUUAUACCGUACAGACAGUGUCAAUAAAAUUGUGUUAUUGUAUCUGUAAAUGAUGCUUGUUCUUCAUCUGAAGGAUUGCUCUGACCUUCCAAAUCCUGCCUUCCAAAUCUGCCUAGUUUAUUUAUGGCAACAGCCACAGGUGCUUGAUAAAUAUACAUCUAACUAAUUCCAAUUGAACUGUGUCACUGCCCCAAAGACAAGCUGUUAGCCUUACGGAAGGCUUUUCAGUUUAAGGGCACUACUUAAUUAAACAUGUUGACUUGUUUUGGCCAGAAUUGUGGCGUUUCACUGGACAUUGUGUUAUAGCUUUGAUACUCAAACGUUAAUUAAACGAAAUAUUGUAAGAUUAUAGGAUCUGACUGAACUUCCGAAAGGCAGUAUGUGAUCUGAUUGAGCAAGGUAGAAAGUCCAUGUUGUUUCACUUCAAACUACAAUGUGCUUGCACUAUAUCUCUACAUAUAUAUAUAUAUAUAUAUAUAUAUAUAUAGUAAUUAUAGCACUUCAGUGCUGUCAAAGCAAAUUACUUAUCAAUGUAUUAUGUGUAUAUAUUUAAAAAGCGAAAGAGAAUCCAUGUAUUGUGUGCCUUGAUCAGUGGCCAUUGAUUCAAGAAAGGCUGCUAGUCACUCUUUUCAUUAUAGAUAUCAAAAUGGCCAACCAAGUUUCUGCCAACCUGGCCUGCUCCUGGUCUCUUAGAUUACGACCCUCUCCUCUGGCAGCUGUCCACUCUUCACUGCUUAGGACUUAUCCUGAGAGGUGGAUUACUGCAGUGAUGUGGAUUAUUUGAGCAGGAUUUACUCUGCUUUGUUAAGUCACCUUACACACCAGCAGUCAACUGGUGGCGUUAAUGGCCCGAACUAUGUCAAUAACGUGCAAUUCUUCACAGGUGUUGGUUGGACGAUCUUUGAGUACUGUUUUACCUUGUCAUUUUGAGCAUUUUAAAUGGUUGUGACCCUGCAAUUUGCCAGGAAUCAGUCCCACUUUUCUUUUUUAUGUGAACACUUUGACACAGUCUGGUCCUCUUCAUAGGAAUUCACAGUGCCUUCUGAAAUGUGUGUACUCCUUGAAUUUGAGUGUCUGUAAAUCGGCAAAGCAUAAAGGCAUAAGUCUGUAAAUGCAUUUGGACCAAAUUGAUUGAGUUAUUUAUUUGGAGUUUGCUCUUUUACUGAGAUAUUGUGAUCUUAUUGUUGUAGUUUUUUUUUUAAAGAUAUUAGCCAUACGUGUAUGUACAAAUUCACACGAUGUUCUUAAAAAUAAAUGUAAUAAUGUUU